UUCGGGCUUUUCCUGCUGUUUUAGCGUGAUGUGGACCGGUGGGGUAGUGCCGGAGCGCCCGUGGCUCUCGGGGUACGCGGGCGGCAGUGGAAGGUCUGGGGGCACCAAACCGCGUGUGGGGGACUCACCGACCCGCAGGGAUGCGAGAGGCAGGUGGGGACAUCCAACCCCUGGGAAGAAAGGAUGAUGUGUGCAGCCCGCACGUCCCCUGCGCCGGCGGUGUGGGGAUAUGCGCGAUCCCUGUGUGCUCGGGAUGCGCCAGGCUCUCAGGGUGGCAUCCCAUUAAAAUGCUCCUGGGGAGGGGGGGGCUGUGUUCCGUGGCGGUAAAUCAUCCUUCUCCCUGGUAAUAAUUCACCCUUCCCCAGCGUUUCUCAUGCACUUGCCUUGCUACAGCCCCUGCCACCCGUUUGAUCAGCAGAUUUUUAAGCUGUCUCUUGCUGCCCCAGUUCCUUGGCGCAGGCUGCUGCUUCAGGAUGGACCCGCUCUUCCCUGCCCAUAUUUUUGAAGACCCCGACCUGAGGAAGCUGCUGAACGACUCCUCCAUGCUCAACCUGAGCUUUCUGCCCAGCAGCUGGUUCAACAACAGCACAGGGGACGGUUUCUUGCCGCUCAGCAUCAAGAUCACCAUCGUGGUCGUCUACUCUAUCGUGUGCAUUGUGGGGCUGGUGGGCAACUGCUCCGUCAUGUAUGUGAUCGUCAGAUUCACCAAGAUGAAGACAGCCACCAACAUUUACAUCUUUAACCUCGCUCUGGCUGACACCCUGUGCCUGAUGACCUUGCCCUUCCAGGGAACAGACACAUUCCUGGGCUUCUGGCCCUUUGGCAAUGUCCUGUGCAAGAUUGCCAUCUCCAUUGACUACUACAACAUGUUCACCAGCACCUUCACGCUGACGAUGAUGAGCGUGGAUCGCUACAUUGCCAUCUGCCACCCCAUCAAAGCCCUGGACAUCCGCACGCCCCACAAGGCCAAGGUGGUCAAUGUUUGCAUCUGGGCACUAGCUUCUGUCUUUGGCAUCCCAGCCAUGGUGAUGGGAUCUGCAGAGAACGAGAACAAUGAAAUUGAUUGUCUAAUUAAGCUCCCUUCUCCCGUGGACUACUGGGAUCCAGUGUUUGGCAUCUGUGUCUUUCUCUUCUCCUUUAUGAUCCCUGUGUUGAUCAUCACCAUUUGCUACAGCCUCAUGAUCAGGCGGCUCAAGAACGUCCGUGUUCUCUCAGGCUCCAAGGAGAAGGACCGGAACCUGAGGCGCAUCACCCGCAUGGUCCUGGUGGUGGUGGCAGUCUUCAUCGUUUGCUGGACUCCCAUCCAGAUUUUUGUGCUGGUGCAGUGCUUGGGUGCCAAGGCAGAAAGCGAGUUGGAGCUGGCCAUCUCCUGCUUCUGCACCGCGCUGGGAUACGCCAACAGCAGCCUGAACCCCGUGCUCUACGCCUUCUUGGAUGAGAACUUCAAGGCCUGCUUCAAGAAGUUCUGCUUCCCCACUGCCUUCAGGACCGAGCUCCAGAUGUCCAACAGGAUGUGCAGCAUCGCCAAGGAUGUGGCCUAUGCCUGCAAGAACUCGGAGGGGACUAACAAUCCGGCCUGA